AUUCCCCAGAUCGCCCAAUCACCACCACGAAUGCCACUUAAUGGCCAAACUGCCUAUACCCUGCAAUCUCCACCCGAUCCAGCAUCUCACCGGUUCGUGCUCGAAUCGGAUCGCCGCCUGGUGUUUCACCUAAACUGUCCGAUGGGGGGCGCCAUCAUUUCCAGCGCCAAAAACCUGUCAUCUCAUCUUUCAUUCAUUGUCCCUCAUUCAUUCCUUUCGGGGGCCAGUAUAUAACCCUUCAGGGCCCCAUUCAGCUGGUCUUGGAUGGUUUGGUGUUGACUCCCAGCUUCUGGAAAGCCUGUCGCCUCGUCUUUCGUUUCCCAACUUUUUGUCAUUCCUUUAUCGAAUCUCAAGACUUUACCGCCAUGCUCGGAUCUACUUCUCGCCUCAUCCUGGGGAUGCUCAGCUGUGUGGCCCUCCUGCCCAGUCAGGCUUUGGCGGCACACCAGCACGUUGGUCACCGUCACCAUCAUCCUAUCAACCCCACCCAGCAAUCCCAGCCCAGCACCCUCAUCACUAUCGCUCAGGGCAGCGCUCCCACUGAAGCCCCUUCCGCAUGCUACUGGGCCCCAUCUGCAGUAUCCUCAGUAAUUGCCUCUGCCUCCGCCUCUGCCGCCGCGGUAGUCGAGAGCAACAUCACCGCAAAGGUCAUCAUCCCAUUCUACGUCUAUCCCGAAGCUGGCGCCUGGACCCCCAUGGAAGAGCUCGUCGCGGCUUUCCCCAACGUCCACUUCACCAUCAUCAUCAACCCCGACAGCGGUCCCGGCUCCAGCAGUCUCCCUGACAGCAACUUCCUGACCGCCGUUCCCAGACUCACGAGCUACAGCAAUGUUCUCGCCAUCGGCUACGUCCCGACAGAGAAGGGCACCCGCGCCAUUUCAGAUGUCGAAAGCGACAUCAAGACCUACGCCGGCUGGCCCUCCGCCUCCGGUAAUUCCUCCUUCGCCGUGCACGGCAUCUUCCUCGACGAAGCCCCCAACGCCUACAGCGAAGGGCUGGUCUCUUACUACCAGCAACUCGCCAAUCUCAUCAAGGAGAGUUCCGGACUGGGACCGGAAAACUUCGUCGUGACCAACCCCGGCACAGUCCCUGACUCGGCCUACCUCACCAUUCCCGACUCCACUGUGGUCUUCGAGUCGCCCUACGACUCGUUCCUGAGCGCCGUGUCAGAAGACUCCUUCUCUGCCAUCAGGGGCGGCAAUCACAGUGCCCUGGCUACGAUGGUCUACUCGGUCCCGGAUACCGUGCAUCUGCCGACCCUCAUUAGCCAAGUUGGAAAUAUCUCCGACCAGAUCUUCCUGGGGAAUACGAGUUCGUAUACCGUGUAUAACUCGUACAUGAACCAGGUGAUUCCGUUGUUGUUGCCUGCUUCUUCGUGAUGUGGAUAGUGGAGUGGCUGGCUGGCUCGCUGUCGCAGGGCGAUGGGUUAGAUAGAUGAUGGUGUGUUUCAAUUCUUGUCUCUCGUUUUUUUCACCGUUUAUGUAUAUAGAUGUGUAUGUUGUGGAACAAUGUGCAAAAUUUUUCUUCCCAA